CUUUUUCCAUAACUCCUUUUUUUCUACCUCAUCCAGAAAGAACUACUUUUUACUGCUUUUUACAAGUUCAGGCUUGUUCUUACUCAUCCGUUCAUCCGGUUCAUUGCCACCCAUUUCGAUGUCACGCGUAUGACGUUCGGCUGUCUCCGCCUUUGAUAAACCUUCCAAGGUUACUACCUAGGUGCUGACUGUUACUACAACCUGGUUUCCAGCAUAUGUUGCGUUCCACCUUAGAUCUAUCACUGUCUUUCUGGUUUUACUAGACUAAGAAAUGAUGGAUGACACGACCGGCUCGUUGGCUUCGAUAGCUACGACCACGCUUAUCGCUGCUACCAGCACCCUAGCCAUUCCAACACCCUCGGGCGCACACACACUACACUACCAAGCAACAAAUUCUUCAAGCCCAGGGCAGGAUCCAAACGGCGAAGGAGGAGAAUGCAAGCUGCUUGGUCCAUUCUCUGUGUUUGUUCAGAUUGCUCUUGGCGGCCUCGCAUUAUUAUCUCUAGUCUAUAAGAGAUGGAGAGAACGACCACAGCGCCCGGUGAAGAUCUGGGCCUUUGACGUCUCAAAACAAGUCUUCGGGUCUGUGAUGCUCCACAUGCUGAAUCUGGUCAUGUCAAUGUUUUCUGCGGGCCAACUGGAGAUUCGAAGCUCAUACAAGCCGAACCCAUGCUCGUUCUACUUACUGAACCUGGGAAUCGACACUACCCUCGGCAUCCCCAUUCUGAUCCUCCUUCUCCGCGUUCUCAACUAUUUGUCGGGAAACUAUGGCCAGCCCCCACGCGUAACAUGGUGGCUCAAACAGGCCAUCGUUUAUUUCAUGGGAUUGCUCGGCAUGAAGAUAUGCGUGUUCUUCCUCAUCGAGCUCUUACCUUUCAUCAUCAAGGUCGGCGACUGGGCGCUAAGGUGGACAGAAGGCAACGCUGCUGUCCAGAUCUUCUUCGUCAUGCUUCUUUUCCCAGUCAUAAUGAACGCCAUACAGUAUUAUAUCAUCGACACAUUCAUCAAGAAACCAGUCUCGCAAUACGCGGUGGAUGACACGAUUGGAGAUGCUGGCACAGAUGAUGAUGCUCACCGCCGGGAGGCUCUUCUUGCUGGCCUGGACGAGUCAUAUUCAACUGAUUCUGAUGAUGAAGAACCACAGAAAUCCCCGAGAACCACUUCGCAGCCGAAGGCUACUGCAGAUGCCCUCCAGGAAUCUGAGCAUUUACUUCCUGAGGAUCAAAAUCCUGUUCCUCCAUAUGAACCUCCGAGCUCGAGUAGCAGUGGUGACCAACAUGAACCCAAAGCUACUUCCACACAUCACUGA